AUGUCAGGGCGUCCAAAAGUAACUAAAAUACAAGUCCGUCAAACCGCUUCACGCCUUCUUGGCGUUGCCAUUGAAACCAUCAUUGGUGUCCGUCAACUGGAAAGUUUCGAGGAUUGCAAUUAUCAUAUUAAAAUCAACAACAAAGAGAAUGAUUGCAAUGAUCAAUUUGUCCUCAAAAUCUUAAAUCUGCAAAGUAAUCAGAUCAAAGAUGCCAUUGAAUGUAAAGUCUUAGCUUGCCAAUUUCUUAGCCAAUCAGGAAUCCAAUGCUCAAAACCAGUUCUACUGACCAAUGGCAGUUAUAUGGAUAUGGUGACAUUUUCAUCUUCUGAUAGCGCUGAAAACACCGUUCACAAUGAUCAUAUCGUAUUUAUAGUAGAAUAUUUACAAGGUAUCUUAUUACGUGAUAUGGAGCCUAAAUUUGAUAAUACGCUGAUGUACCAAUUAGGCCAAGCAAUCGCAACCAUGGACAAACAACUUCUCAAAUUUCAAAGUCAUCAGCGCAAGUUUUUUACUGGAGAUUGGUCACUACAUGAUAACUUUGCUACCUUAGAUCGCUAUCUCCAAUAUAUCCACAUGGCAUCAAAAAAGGACAUCCUCACUGAGAUAUUCCAAUCCUGUAAAAUAGCCAUGCAACAGAUAUUGCCUCAAUUGAAGACAUGCUUUAUUCAUGGCGACGUUAAUCCUGGCAAUGUAAUAGUAUCAACAUCAUCAUCCAAAAGUACUAGUGUUAGCCAAGUGGGAUCAUCACAUCAAGGAAUAGGAGUAAUUGAUUUUGGAGACUUUCACUACAGCUAUUUGAUAAUAGAAUUGGCAAUUGCAAUAGCUCAUGUUAUGGCUGAAACAACAACCGAUGCAAUAGCUAACAGUGGGCAUUUAUUAGCCGGUUACCUUUCUGUUGUCCAUUUAAAUCCUAAAGAAUUUAAUCUCCUUUAUGAUGUAAUAUUAGCGCGAUUAUUUCAGCUAAUGGUACUGUCUGAAUAUGUCUAUACCCUUGAUCCUAGCAAUAGUUACGUUAUUGAUAGGGUCCCUAAUUAUUAUCAAGCAAUAACGAUGUUGUGGAAAUUAUCAAGAGAAGAAGUCUAUCAAAGAUGGCAUGAUAUCAUCCAAUCAUAUUAG